CGCGGCCCGGCGGAGCCCGCCCAUGGCCGCCGCCGCCGGCCCCCUGCGCCCGACCCGCCCGGUGCUGCUGCUCCCGCUGCUGCUGCUGCUGCUGCUCGGCUCGGCGGCAGAGGAAUAUGAUCUAGAAAUAACCAACAACGGUCCCAUCACAACUGGAGCACAAGCUACUGUUCGUGCCAGUCUAAGCAUGAAGAACAACAGUAUCACCUCAAACUUGUAUCAUUUUAACUGGAUUUAUGCUCCUCUGAUUCUCAUUAAUAAAUUGGAGCAGGGGUUUCACUCCCUCAUUAAUGUGACUGGUGAAUUUCCUGGCACUUUUCCUGUAUCUGUCUGGGUGACUCACAGGAACUGCUGGUUGUGUCGACCUGUUGCUAGAAACGUCACUGUACUUCAUGUCACAGAAUUUAUUACAGGGAAUCUUACCAUUGCCCAGAUAGAAGGCAGCACGUUUAUCAAGCAGGGUUCAAGCUCAUCCACAGACACCGUGACCCGGAUUUCCUUCUGUCUUCAUGACCCAAGUGAUUACUUCAAGUCAGCAUCAUUUGUCUACAACUGGAACUUUGGGGAAGGGAUGUAUCAGAUUACCAAGGAGCCCUUUGUCUACUAUAACCAUUCUGCCGUGGGGAACCGCACAGUCCAUCUGAAAGUGAUAGCUGAAUGGCAGCAGAUUGGAAACAUCAUACACGAAAGAGAAACUCUGCAGAAAACCGGUGAUUUUACCACUGCUCUGGAGCUGCUAGAUGCUGUUAAGAGUAUUAAUGUAGUGGGCUCCAGAGAGACUCACGUAAUGGAAAACUUGAGUUUAUCUCUUCAUAUCAAUGGCAGCCCACCGCUGGCAUUAUGCUGGCUUAUAAAGGCCGAGUGUAUUCCACUUGAAGGUGAAAAAUGCCAUCUGGUGGUGAUUAACGGUUCUUGCUACAAUCUGAGCCAUACCUUCCGCGCCGCAGGCCAGUACUGUCUCAGCGUGAGAGUUGAGAACGGCGUGACCAUGUUGCAGACAUACCAUGAAAUAAAAGUGUGGCCAACAGGGAUCCAGCCAGCUUUCUUUAUCUUGCUCUGCAUCGCUCUGGUUUCAGUGGUGCUAGGACUGGUGCUGUACACGACCUUCCGAAGUAACACACAACAUAAAGAUCUCGUGGAGGUAGCUGACUUUGACUUUUCUCCACUGUCUGACAAAAACCUGUCUUCUCCUUCGGAGUCAGGCUACGGCCAAAUAUGUUGCAGAUCAUGUUGUCUUCAAUCACCUCAAGAAACUGCCAUGGAGAGCCAUGAACUUCUACUUUCAUUUUACAAGCCAGUCAAAACUUACACAGUGUGAAGAACACAAUUGCACUUUGGUUGCACUAACUGCUGAGUUUAACUUUCCCACUUAUGAUGAGUUAAAAGCUCAGGGCUGUAUGGAUGGUUUAUUUUUGCCAAUGCAAUGAGGUUAACCACUUUACUACGUCGAGCACGUGAAUGUUUCAUUGUGUGAUCUGAGAAAGAAAGAACCUGAAACACAGUAAAGUAUCUUCAUAUUUUUAAAUUAUAUGGGUGUAUACAUUUACAGCUGUAAAUGCAGCAUUUUAUUCUUAUGAAAGAUUAUUUUAUGCGCAGGUUUUCAAAACUCACUACCUUUGUAAUUUACUUGGUCCUUCUGCUGUUUAUUUCAAAGAAGAAAAUGCUUAAGACAAACAUACCUCUCUUUCUUAUGUUGCAACAAUAUUACUGGAAAUACAAGUGAGCCAAAAUACUGUUGAAUGUAUAUUUUUUUUCCCAAAAGGAUUUGACUUUUCCAGGUUGAGAAGAGCUUUAGCCUACAUGCUUCCAAUGAACCAAACUAUCAAAAUAUGUUGUGUUUUUUCCCUUGUCUUAAAAGACUUAUUUUUUAAGUUAAUGGGAUUCUGUGAGAGUAUAACAGCUGAUGAGCUGCUGAUGGCAACCCAGCUGCUCAUGGGAGCUUUGUGGAGUAGCAGCAUCCACUGUGGAUGCCUGCACAGCCCCGAUACUUCCUUGCAAUAGUAAGCCACACUCUAUGAGUAGCAUUUUUUCCAUGCUAUAUAUUCCUCCUAUCUCUUUCCUAUAUUACUAUCCAUUGAGUCACCAAAGCUUUCUCUUUGUGUAGCUUAAAGCUGCUCAGUAAAACAGCUUUCAGUAUUCAAGGCUGUAGAAACGCCUUGCCCCUUGCACACUGUCCUCUACUGUCCGCUCACUGCUUGGCCAGUCUUGCUUCCUGCUAUGUAGCUUUCCACAACACCUUAAAGGCUUUUACACAA